AUGGUUGCUGAAUGGGCAUGGCUGAAGGGCUCGGCAUCAGACCAGUGCAGUCCAGUGGAGAUGCGUGGGAAUACUGCGGCACCGGGACAGCUGGGGACCCGCUUGCUUUCCAAAACACCACACCUGAGCAAGAUUUUGGCAAUGCCAACAGCUUGUCACCCUGCAGUGUUUGCCAAACCUCGAGAAAGUGGCCUCCUGUCCUGGCGCAGACUGACUCAGCUGCCUCACAGAAAUCACAAGUGGGAAGUAGUUGGCACAUCAGAAAAUGGUUUGUGUUGGAAAAGCUGUUCCAAAAAUGAUGAUAUCCCRAGGAGUGGACAGCAGCUUUCCCGAUGUCUACAAGCUUCAACUUGGACGAGCGCUGUUUUACAGCCAGGCCAUACAAAAGCAAACUUUGAAGUCAUGCCAAGUGAAUACCAGGCAGAAGAAAAAAAGUGCAAAGGGUAUAUCCCCAGUUACUUAGACAAGGAUGAGCUAUGUGUAGUAUGUGGGGACAAAGCCACCGGAUAUCAUUAUCGCUGCAUCACUUGUGAAGGUUGCAAGGGUUUUUUUAGAAGAACCAUUCAGAAAAACCUCCAUCCAACCUAUUCCUGUAAAUAUGAAGGAAAAUGUGUGAUAGACAAAGUAACAAGAAACCAGUGCCAGGAAUGUCGCUUCAAAAAAUGUAUCUUUGUUGGCAUGGCAACAGAUUUGGUGUUGGAUGACAGCAAGAGGUUGGCAAAGAGGAAGCUGAUAGAAGAAAAUCGUGAGAAGAGGCGCCGGGAAGAGCUGCAGAAGACAAUCGGGCACAAACCAGAGCCAACAGACGAGGAAUGGGAGCUGAUCAAAAUUGUUACUGAAGCACAUGUGGCCACCAAUGCACAAGGAAGCCACUGGAAGCAGAAAAGGAAAUUUCUGCCAGAAGACAUUGGACAAGCACCAAUAGUCAAUGCCCCAGAAGGUGGGAAAGUGGAUUUAGAAGCCUUCAGCCAGUUUACAAAAAUUAUCACACCAGCGAUUACAAGAGUGGUGGAUUUUGCCAAAAAGUUGCCUAUGUUUUGUGAGCUGCCAUGUGAAGACCAGAUCAUCCUUCUGAAAGGCUGCUGUAUGGAGAUCAUGUCACUCCGCGCAGCAGUUCGCUAUGACCCUGAGAGUGAGACUUUAACACUGAAUGGGGAGAUGGCGGUGACAAGGGGCCAAYUAAAAAAUGGAGGUCUUGGAGUGGUAUCUGAUGCCAUUUUUGACCUGGGCAUGUCUCUCUCAUCAUUUAACCUGGAUGACACCGAGGUUGCUCUUCUUCAGGCUGUUCUGCUCAUGUCAUCAGAUCGACCGGGUCUCGUCUGCGUUGAAAGGAUAGAAAAGUGCCAAGAGGGUUUCCUCCUGGCAUUCGAACACUACAUUAACUACAGAAAACACCAUGUUGCACACUUUUGGCCAAAACUGCUGAUGAAAGUGACAGACCUGCGGAUGAUCGGAGCCUGCCACGCCAGCCGCUUCCUGCACAUGAAGGUGGAAUGUCCCACCGAACUCUUUCCUCCGCUCUUCCUGGAGGUGUUCGAGGAUUAGAGACUGGAGCGCUCCUGCCUCCCCACAGCACUACUGGCUGCCAUUUCAUUCCAUCGCCGGGCUCUUCUGACAUUUUGUUUGUUCUUCUUACCUUGUUCUGCUCUGCUUCUUGAGGCGGGGUUGGGUUUUCGUUGGGGGUUGCUGGGGAGCUGUUGUGUGCAYAUGACACGUGGAUGAAAACAUCCCUUUAAUGCGGGUACUUGUGACUAUGGCAGUUUAUUCCUCGGUCCUUUGAUGUGAAUGCRUUGACAGCUUAGCAGUGAAGAUGCAAACAGACCGGUCUCAUUCACCAGCAUUUAUGUAGUCACCAGCUCACACACAUCAUUGCUUGGAGAAUUUGGGAGGUAAAUUGAAGUGGCAGUAAAUAAAUUGGGCUCCAAAUUAAAGCAGCUUUUGGUAAUUUAACGGCCAGCAAUUCUGUCUAGUAUUUCACAGGCAUAAGAGAUGAUUUCAUGAGAUGAAAUUUCUAGUCUUCAUGGUUGUUUCUGCUGUAACAGCAGGCCAUUUUCAUCUAGGAUCUUUGAUCUAAAAUCCUAGGCCAUUUUGAUCUAGGAUCUUCGUCGUCAUCACGAUCCCUUCAUUAUCUGAGGAUUUUCUAGCAACUGUGGUUUAACUGUACCCCAUAAAUCAUAUAUUUAAAGAAUGCAGAGUGGUAGAAGGGAGUCAUUUUCUUUCCAUGUGUAUAAAAAUUGGAAAAGCACUAUCCUUUCCUAUCCAUCUGAACUCCAGGUAACUUCACUGGAAGGUCUUUCAGAGUAAAGAGGGAAGUUUUAUCCUCUGAGGUGCUUUUCCUGAGAGUGGAGAAGUCUGCUUUUUCCAGAGUGUGUGGAGCAUUGUGAGGGAGCAGAGUCUGACAAGCUGGUGGAAUUUCCUCAAAGUUAUUCAGGGAUGUAGACGUUCAUAAAAUGAUGAUAAUAAGAAUGAAACACUGUAAUGACCUCCAGAUGGGACAGAAACCAACUGUGUUAUUAGCA